AUGGAUUCUCAGGAUCCGAAUACCAAUCCAGAAUCAGAAAAUGUAUAUCAACAAAAGAUUGCUCGAAUUCGAAAAAAAGUGGCAGACGUUGAGAAAGAAUGUGUCCAAUAUGCCAUCAAAAUUUACCACGUAGAGAAAGACAUUCAGAGAUAUCGAUUGGAAACACAAAUGCUCAAGAACACGUACAACGAAUAUAUGGGACAUCAGAAAGAACCGAAAGAGCACGAUCUUCCAGAAUCAUCAGACAGAGUUGUUCAUUCAUCAUUGGAAGCUUCGGACUCCAAUCCACCUCCAACGCACGACUGA